AUCUGACAAUGAAAACGAGUAAGGGGCAGCAGAGAGAGGGAGAGAGAGAGAGAAAGAUGGACUACUCUCACACUGAGGAGCGCCGCUGAGGGGAGCGGAGCGGCGGACACAAACGGACAGAGAGAAAAGAGAGAGAACGGCGGGAGAAGAGAGCAGCAGAGUAAGAGAGCGGGACACGGGCUCAGCUGGACCGCAGGAGGAAUCCCAGGCAGAGAAGAAGAGGCGUGAUGGAUUCCCCUUCAGAGUUUUUCCAGCAGCAGCAGCAACAGCCGCAAUCCCAUCCCGCCUUUGACCUGUAUACUCGAAGUCCGUUGGAGUCCACUUCCACUGGCCCUAGUUACCCAGCUAGUAGUCCAGCCACUUACCCCAUCAUUUCUCCCCUCCUGCACCCCAACAGCGCCUCCCAGAGGUGGGGUACAUAUAAGCAGCGGCAGUGCUUGUUCUCUGAACUGCCAGCUUCUGAGGACGGCCAAGAGGAGGAUGUGGAAAUGCUGGGGAGGAGAGCUGCAGAAGGUGCAAGCCAAGUUCCAUUAGCCAGGCUUGGCGAAAGAAGAAGAGUUUCAGUCCCUGAGUCUUGUGACUGGAGCCAGGAUGUGGUAAGGGUGAAGAGGCUUAGAGUGGACAAUGUGCUGAGGAGGAAUGGCGAGAUGGAAAGGGAAGGGCACCGGGGGAGGAGGAGGAUUGCAAGCCGCAGCCUACAAGAUGAGAAGAGCAGAGAGGAAGAAGGGAAGAGGAAGGAGAGUAGGGAAGGAAGGCGGCGGCAGCGGCGUGAGCUGAAGCUCCAGCUGGAGGAGACCAGGGGAAGGCUGCUGGAGCUUCAGCGCAAGGUGUGGAGAGCUUAUGGAGAACAGCAACUAGAAGAAGAGAAAGAAGAAGGAGGAGGAGAGGAGGACAGAACCAUGGAUGAGAUGGCUGAGAUGUUCUCUGAAGGAGAGGGGGAUGAUUGCCCAGCAAAUGGACUCUCCCCAAGUGUGUUUUCUUCAGAAAGAAAGCAUGAAAAGCAUGAAAGCAGCCAGAAUGAGAAUUCUGAAGAAUUUCCUGAAGAAGCUAUGGACUUGGAUGUGGAGCUGGAUGGAGGAGGAGUGUGGCUGGGCUGCAGCUUGGUGCAAGGUGAAUGGGAGAACACAAGUGGCAAUGAAAAAGAGAAGUUUGCUCAAGCCCUCAAGCAGGAACUGGCCAAUGUUGUGGCUCGGGUCAUCGACAGGGUGGUCCGCCUCUAUGCUGAAAGUGACCAGUCACCAACCCCAGCUUCAGUUCUAGCCCAAGAGACUCCUGCCAGCAGGGUAUUGGGUCCAAACCCACCCAAGAAGCCAAGGCUUGGGUUUGGACCUCAUGCCCUACUGCCUGGAGGAGCGCAUGUGGUAGAACAAGCCGAAGCACUGCCUCUGGUCGCAAAGAAGCUUCAAGACAAGAGGAAUCCUCUAAGUCAAGGCAAACACAAGCACCCCCUGAUCCCUCCACAAAACCCUGGCUUACCUUUCCUACCCCAGCCCCCUCUCCCUGCACUUUUACCGCCCAGGAACAAAGAGCCUUUCCUGCCCUCCUGCCCUCCGAACCCUCCUCCGCUCCCCUUGCCUCUCCUGCACUACACCAUGCAGCACCUCUUCACUCGUUCUCUCUCCAGCAUACCCCUCCACAAGGAUGGCCUCUCCAGCGAGCCCUUCAUGGAAUUUCGCACUCACAACCCCUCAUUCCCACCCUUGCCACCACUGCUGGCCCAGUUAAAUCCCCCUCUCGUGGACAGAGGGGUGGAUGAGGGGAUGAGAGCAGGAGGUGUGGGAGGAAUGGAUGGAGGAGAUGUGGCCCUCUAUCUUGGUGCUGGAUCAUCUCAGGAGGGUCUCUCUCCAUGCCACCUGAAGAAAGCCAAGCUCAUGUUCUUCUACGCACGCUAUCCCAGCUCCAACACACUCAAGACUUACUUCCCUGAUGUCAAGUUUAACCGCUGUGUCACCUCCCAGCUCAUCAAGUGGUUCAGUAACUUCAGAGAGUUCUUCUACAUUCAGAUAGAGCGGUUUGCACGACAGGCGGCUCGCGAGGGCCUUCCUGCCACCAGGGAGAGGGCGCUGCGCCUGGGCCGAAACUCAGAACUCUUCCGCAUCCUCAACAUGCACUACAACAAGAGCAACGACUACCAGGUGCCAGACAGGUUUGUGGAAGUGUCUGAGUUGGCUCUAAGAGAGUUCUUCACUGCCAUCCAGAGUGGACGUGAUGCUGACCCCUGCUGGAAAAAGUCCAUCUAUAAGAUCAUCUGCAAACUGGACAGCCCUGUGCCUGACAGCUUCCGCUUACCAGGCUGCCCCAUGGACACACACCGCAUGGUCUAAGACCAGUAUGGGCAGCCACACACACACACACACACACACACACACACACACACACACACACACUUCAUAGCUAAAGGAUUAAUGUGGGUACAUACACCGACAAAACACACAGGGUUAGAGUUGAUAUCACACACACACACACACACACACACACUCUGAGGAUCAGCACUGACGAAUACAUACCAACACACAUACACACGUACCUGCUAAAUAUCAUACAGGCUCUGACUGGAAGCACACAAAACUAUUUAUAUAAUCUAAGGAAUGAACAGUAUCUAUGUGAUAGUGGUCUGCUGCCUUCCAGUUCCAAUGGAAAGAAAUCCAUGUGGCACUAAUACAGAGGUCAAUGGCCUUGUUGAAUGUACAAAAUUAUGACUAGGUCACCGAGAGGUGUUAGAAUUUUGCUAGUACUGUUUCAGAGAGAUAAUCAUUAUUUGGAGAUAUUUAAAAGGUUUUUCUAUUUAUCUGCUGAAACCUUAUUUUCAUGUAAUUAUCAAGAAAAUGAAGCACUUAACAACGGUGAGCCCAUAGGCAGUCUUUUCAUUGUAAUUUUAUAUUCAACUUGCGUAUUUGUCAUGCUGUUUUGCAUAUUAAGUGUUCAUAAGGCUUUGCGUCUAAAAACAAUGUGUGAAAUUUUGAUGUAACAGUGCUACCUGUAAUUAAAGUGAUUGUUCAAGCA